CCUUCAUCACCUAGAAGCAAGACUCCUACUGCCUCAGCUCCUAGCUCUUCAAUUUCCUCUUAUCAUCUCAUAUUCUCGUUUCUUCCACAGAGUAUUAAUCUAUCCAUGGCUUUUGCAAAAUUAAUCAUCCCGUUCAUACUCGUUUCUUUGCUGGUUCUCCACCAAGUCCAAGCGGUUCAAACCAAUCAUCAACUGACCAGCAAUGCUGUUUCAAACACCGGUUAUGGCCCAAAAACGGAUUGUGGGGCAGCUUGUGCAGGGAGAUGCCAAUUAUCAUCGAGACCAAGGCUUUGCAAGAGGGCAUGUGGAACCUGCUGUGUCAGGUGCAACUGCGUUCCUCCGGGGACUUCAGGCAACUAUGAAGCUUGUCCUUGCUAUGCCAGCCUUACCACCCAUGGCAACAGGCGCAAAUGCCCUUAAACGAACCACCACCAAUUACUCAUCUCUUCUCCAUCACUCCCAUCUCCAUGCAUGGAUAGAUUGAUAGCUUAUCGGUGUGCAGCAUAUGUCUUUGUUCGUGAAGUAUCAAUUUGGUUGCUGCAAAUAAGAUGUGAGAGAGUAGGUGUUGAAAUUCCCUGGUGCAAUUAAUACCCUUUGCAUGAGCGAUAUGUUGUAUACUACUGUAUAUGUUGUAUGAGUGAUGUGUCUUAUGAGUUAAUUUAGUUAGAUGUGUGCGAGAUAUUAAGUUCUGCCUUGGAUGCAUACGAGAAAUAAAAAGAAGU